CUACUACGCUGUGGGGGCAGCUUUACACAUGUCCAACCACUCCCUGCAUCUGAGCAAGGUGAAAAUUUCCAAGCCUGCUUCAUACUAGGAAGGAACAGCUGUAGCAAAUGGAGAAUUUACAGAGUUAAAGCUCACAGAUUACAAAGGAAAAUACAUGGUAUUUUUCUUUUAUCCUUUGGACUUCACAUUAAUGUGCUAAUGGAAAUGAUUGCUCUUGGAGACAACAUAGAAGAAUUUAGAUUAAUAAAUUAUAAAGUUGUAGCUUGUUCAGUGGACUUUAAUAUCACGAACUUGGCAUUGAUAGAUACACUCCAAAAGCAAGGAGGACUUGGUCCAAUGACAAUUCCUCUACUUUCUAACCUAACUCACCAGAUCUCAAGGGAUUAUGGUGCAUACCUAGAGGACCAAGAUCACACUCUAAGCUGA